CCGUCCUCCGACCUCGCUCUAACUUCUUCAAUUCCUUCCUCGCAUAUGACUGUGAUGUUGACGGAUGCAAUUAUUGGCUGCUGACUGAGGGGGAAUACUCCGUUGGGUUUCUAAUCUGAAGUUCGUUGUCCGCGGUUGUAAAUGUGGUGGCGACAUCAUCGUGGCGAAGAACUCGACUAUUGAAACAUCUACUUUCGCUAUCUCGCACGCCCGAUAUAUUUAUUAUAAGCAUCCCGAUCCCGGAAUACAGACUCAUCCACUAAAUAUCAUAUCCUUUCCAGUCCGUGGCAUUCCAUCCCUGCCACCGGUGGUAGUCUACAAGUACUGGUGAAGUCAACAAGGGAAGAGCUUGGGGUUGAUAUAGGGAUUGACUGCAGAGAAAGCCGAUAGCACCAAACGUCUGCUUUGUCUCAUCUCAUCUCAUCUCAUCAUGAUCCGAACGUCUUCGCGCGCACUUGCCCGUCGAGUAUGCUCGUGCGGCCGACCAUCCAGCAACCUCAUUCCACGGGCAUUGACCAUCACCGCCGCAAGAAUGUCUUCCACGCUGCCUAAAGUCGAUCCUCCUGUCUCCACCGCUCACCACACCGAUUCUUUCCAACUCCUCUCCGAAUCCGCGAAAGCUGGUGCCGCAGAAGACGCACUUUUCGAAAGCCAGGUCCGUGACGUCGAGGCAUGGUGGGCAUCGCCUCGUUAUGCUGGCAUCAAGCGCCCUUAUUCCGCUGCAGAUGUGGUCGCCCGGCGCGGAGCCCUCCAGCAGUCGUAUCCCAGCUCUCUCAUGGCUCGCAAGCUGUUCAAUCUGUUUGAGGAACGAGCCGCAGCAGGCCAGCCGGUGCAUACGAUGGGCGCAAUUGACCCCGUGCAGAUGACACAGCAAGCCCCCAACCAGGAGGUGCUGUACAUCAGCGGUUGGGCAUGCUCGUCCGUGUUGACAUCGACCAACGAAGUGUCCGCCGACUUUGGAGACUAUCCCUACAACACCGUCCCGAACCAGGUGCAGCGCUUGUUCAAAGCACAGCAGUUGCAUGACCGGAAGCAGUGGGAUUUGAGAAGGAAGAUGAGCAAGGAGGAGCGAGAGACGGCGCAGUAUACGGACUACCUACGGCCGAUCAUCGCAGACGGCGAUACUGGCCAUGGAGGUUUGUCUGCCGUCCUCAAACUUGCCAAACUCUUUGCCGAAAACGGCGCCGCUGCCGUACAUUUUGAGGAUCAGCUUCACGGCGGGAAGAAGUGCGGGCAUCUGGCUGGAAAGGUGCUGGUCCCCAUGAGCGACCACAUCAAUCGUCUCGUUGCGGCGAGGUAUCAAUGGGACCUUAUGGGUUGCGAGAAUCUCGUCAUUGGCCGGACGGACUCGGAGAGCGGCAAGCUUCUCAGCAGCGCCAUCGACGUGCGAGACCACGAGUUCAUUAAGGGUGUCACGGAGGAUUGUGAGCCUCUGGCGGAUCUGCUGCAGCGAAUGGAGAUGGAGGGUGCGGCGGGUAGCGAGAUCGAUGCCACCGAGGCGGCGUGGGUGAAGCAGCACACAUUGGUGACAUUCGAUGAAGCCGUCGAGCAACACCUCCGCUCCGAGUCCGCCCCUCAAUCCACCAUCGAUGAAUACCUUUCAGCCGUCCGCGCCGACCGGAACCUGCCCCUUAACCGCCGCCGACAACUCGCCGCUAAAUAUACCAAAACCCCGGUCUUCUUCUCGUGGGACAUUCCCCGCACCCGGGAAGGGCACUACCAUUACCAGGCCGGCAUGGUCGCAGCGACCAAGCGAGCCAUCGAAUACGCCCCCUAUGCCGAUCUGCUGUGGGUGGAAACCGGAGAUCCGAGUGUCGAAAAAGCGGCCGUCUUCUCGGGAGAAAUUCGCAAGCAGCACCCGGAGAAGAAAUUGGUGUACAACUUGAGCCCCAGCUUCAACUGGAUGGCUCACGGGUUCACCGAGGAGACCCUGAAGAGCUUCGUCUGGGAUUUGGCGAAACAAGGAUUCGUACUUCAGCUGAUCUCACUGGCCGGUAUCCACUCCACUGCGACCAUCACCAAUGAGCUCUCGAGUGGGUUCAAGAAGGACGGCAUGCUCGCAUACGUCAACUUGGUGCAACGCAGGGAGAAGGAGCUUGGAUGCGACGUCUUGACGCAUCAGAAAUGGAGUGGCGCAUCGUUGGUCGAUGGUAUGAUCGGUGCCAUUCAGAGUGGAAGCAGCACCAGCAAGAGUAUGGGUGAGGGCAACACUGAAACUAGCUUCUAAGCAUCCAAUAUGGAGUUCGUUCAGGCAUCAAGGGCAUGAUGUCCUAAACUAGGUUUAUCCUGGUCCUUGUUGUGAAUCUCCGAGCUA